ACGGGAAGACAGAAGGAGAGCGGUAUACUGAGAGAUGGGACACAUUCUCGGGCUACACGUAAACCCUGGUUCUCUAUCCACCGGCCUUCACUUCUCCGACAUUCUCCGAUGUCGGAACCUUGAUUCGAACUGGGCUUUCCUUCUCCAGACAAAGAUUGUCAAUUGCAAAGGCAGAUUUUAUUGCCUUUUCUCCAAUAACAACAGAGAGGAACAAGCACGUAAAGCACUGGAAAGUGCCCUUGGUGGGAAGAAGAAUGAAUUCGAGAUGUGGAACAAAGAGAUCAAGCAAAGGGAAGAAUCGGGUGGCGGAAAAGACGGAAGUGGAGGAAGAGGAGGCUGGUUUGGAGGUGGCGGAUGGUUUGGUUGGUCCAAUGGCGAUCAUUUCUGGAGCGAAACCCAACAGGCAGGCCUUACUGUCUUAGCCAUCGUUAUCAUGUAUAUGAUUGUCGCGAAAGGAGAAACGCUAGCCGCUCUUGUGUUCAACCCGUUGUUGUAUGGUUUACGAGGAACCCGAGAAGGUUUUACUUCUCUAACAUCAAAGCUCAUGGGAAGAAAAGCUUCUGAAAGCGACAAUGGUGAUUCAGACAAGACAUGGAAGAAGGAAGAGUACGGAUAUGUCUCCGCUAAAGAAAGCGUUGUCCGAAAAUGGGGAAGUGACUGAAAAUCUUUACUUACGUUUGACGUCGUAAAGAUUUCCGGAUUUUUCAGGGAUUUGGCUUUGAACAUUAGAGAAGAUACAACGUAGAUUUGGAUUGUCUUCUUGUAAACGAAAUGCUUCAGCUGUAUUCCUUUUCAGAAAUGUUUUCUUUGUUAAAGAGAAGAUACAUCUCCAUAUC